CACACGCACACGCACCACGCACACGCACACGCACACGACCAACGCACAGCCACAAACAGCCUACACGCCCACACGCACACGCACACGCCAACACGCACACGGCCACCACGCACACGCACACGCAACACAGCACCUACGCACACGCUACACGCCCAACACGGCACACGCACACGCACAUCGGCCACACGCACACGCACACGGCACCACGCACACUCGGCCACACGCACACGCCACACGCCACCUACGACACACGCACACAGACCACUACGCAAACACGCCACCAACGGCCACACCGCCACACGCCACACGCCACACGCACACAGCACUACGCCCUAACACGCACCACGCACACGCACACGGGAACACGCCACAACGCACCACGGCAACCCACCGCACACGCAACACGCACACGCACACGCACACGCGACACGCACACAGCACACGCACACGCACACGCACAGGCACAACGGCACAACGCACACGCACAUCGCACACGUCACACCGCAACACGCACCACGCCACACGCACACGCACAACGCAGACACGCACCACGCACACGGCACACGCCAACACGCACACGCACCCACGCACACUAGCACACGCACACGGCCACACGCACAACCGCACCACGCCCACACGCACACGCACAC